AUCUCCUCCACAGCAGCAAUGGCUGCAAUCCAGGCUUUGAGAGAGUUUAUCAACGAGCGACUGACGGCUGCUGCUGGAGAAAUCUUCACCGCGUUUGAACAAACUAUCGUCCAGUACCAAGAGGAGCUCGACCGACAGAACAGGCUGCUGGAAAUCACCUUUAACCCGCCAAAGAAGUUCCACGGGACAGAGCUCCAACAGGAUCAUGACUGGAAAGAGGAUCAGCUCUUUGAACAGGAAACAAACUGCUAUCUCGAGCAAGGAGAACCAGAACCUCCACAGAUCAAAGAGGAACAAGAAGAACCAGGACUUCUACAGUUUAAAGAGAACCACGAGGAACCAGAACCUCCACAGAUCAAAGAGGAACAGGAAGAACCAGGUCAAAGUUACAACCAACGGAAUAUGUCUGAAUUGGAACCAACAUUUUUGAGGAGUGCCAUCAAUGAGGUCCUACCUAACCUGGCAGAGAUGUCCAAAAAUAUUUUGGAGGAGAGCUUGCAGUCCCUUGGGAUCAAGACUAGUGACGAUUUCAAGUUUCUUCAGGAGAGUGACUUAUUGACAGCUUUGAGGCCCAUUCAAGCCAGAAAAUUGCUUGCUGCUUGGAAGUUGAGAGGACAAAGUGAUGAAGGUAGCAGUGAAUCUCGUCUCCUACCAGCACCUCCACCAUCCAUGAACUACGCCUCACCCAGCAGUUCAGCUUCGUCUUCUGCCAUCAGCUGCCAAAGCCCUGCUGUUGACUGGAUGGAUACAUACCAGGUUCCUUGGCGCCAAUUUCCAGAAGAACUAAUUCAGACUCUACAAAGGGAAAAACGUCCGACCCGUCAUAUGAGAAGAGAGAUGGUCCGCAUCGUUGCUUCAGAUAUGAUGCAAAGAAGUUCUUCAGUGAGUAAGAGAAACUCAACUGAAAUUGCCAAAAGGAUGGUGGCAAAGUAUCCAAAAUCUUUGCAAGACAACAUAGAGGGAGAUGUCAUAGGCUCAGGCUAUGACUCUCUGGUGAAACAACUUCAAAAUAGAAUAGAGAACAUGAAGAGAUCUACCACACCAAGAAUAAGGAAAAGAAGGUGUCAGGCAGAUGAUUCUGAUACAGGUGACGUCGCUCCAGAAAAACGAGCAGCGAUCCAGGACACCUACGGGUGCAUCAAGUGGGAUGUAAAGUUUCUGCCUUUUGGAGAGACCCUGGAGAGUCAGCAAGAAAAGCAAGAAAAACUGAGGCAGAUGUCCCAGCAAACCAAUGCAAAUCAGGAGGUGGUCAAACAACUAAUGAGGGAAACGUUCUACACACAACGCAAACAAGUCAACCAAGGAAAAAAUAUAAAAGACCUCCUGGAAGGCUGGCCCUCUUGGUUCAGUGACCUUGGCAUGGAUGUGCAUUUCAAAGAGCUGACAGGAUUAGCACUGAAAGAAACUUUCCUACAGAAUGUGGACAAGAAGGGGAAGCAGCUGCUGAACUUCUUCAGUACAGUUUGUGCGAGGAAGUCCAAGAAGUUCUUGCAGGCUGCCAUGAAGGUGAAGAUGUUAAGAGGUGCUGAGCUGAGCGGCUGCUCUGAAGAUGUGAAGGAAAUGGUCCUGCUGCUGAUGGCCUAUUUUGACGAAAGCGAGGAAAACAUGCUUGCUAAUGUGGAGGACAGCUGCUUGGCAGGACAAGUCCAGAUAGACAAGCUCCCCUUAAGUCCUACCAUUGUCGUCUGUGGGCAGUCCUGCUUUAAGGCAACACGAUUUAUGCUGAGUGUAGACAGAGUCAUUGUUCAGGAAAACAUCCCCUCCUUUGUGUCGUCGUUGUGUUUGAUGUUUGGAAGCUACUACAGUUUCAACAUUCACUACCCGUCUGGUUUGGCAUCCACCCUGGAGUUCCUGCAGAGAUGCUUUUUCUCCAUAAAUCCUGAGAAGGGCACGAAAGUAGAGAAGAGCAGCAGCUCCUGUCUACACAUGAACCCCAGAGUCCUCACUUUGAUCCAAGACCUUUCAGAGCAUGAGUGGUGGGACAUCUGAAUACGGACUCAAAGCUCCAGCAGGAUCAUGACUGGAGAGAGGAUCAGCUCUCUAAACAGGAGUCCAGCUGCUUUCUAGAGCGAGAACCAGAACCUCCACAGAUCAAAGAGGAGCAAGAAGAACCAGAACUUCUGCAGUUUAAAGAGGACCAUGAGGAACCAGAACCUCCACAGAUCAAAGAGGAACAAGAAGAACCAGGUCAAAGUUACAACCGACAGAGUAUCAGAACUCACACAGGUGAGAAACCAUAUUCUUGUGAAACAUGUGGGAAAAGUUUCAAUAAACAGAGUGAUUUGGUUCGCCAUAUGAGAACUCACACAGGUGAGAAGCCGCACUCUUGUUCUACAUGUGGAAAACGUUUCAACAAA